CUUAGCGCGUGCUGACACCAACACGUGGAGCAGGAAGGUGUCAGUCUGUCACCAUGUUAGCCGGUCGCCGUGCUGCGGUCAGCCAGCUGCUCGGUGUGUGCGCGGGGGCCGCCGCCUGUUACUGGGUGUACCGGCUCAUAGCCGGAGCUGGAAGGAGGCGGAGGGACUCGGGGAGCGGAGGAGGAGGAGGAGGAGGGGGGAAGCCCGGUAGCCUCAUUGACAGAGUGUCCGGGAUAUCCCCCCGGGCCGCGGGUAAGGGCAGGGCUGGCCGACACAUGGGUAUAAAGUAAUAGCUUUAUAGGAACCACAACAGCAACGUUUCCACCCCAGAAGGUCUUUGUCAAGGUCUUUGGGGUCGAAACGUUGCUGUUGUGGUUCCUAAUAAAGUGCCUGUCUUGAACCACAGAGUGCCUGCACCGCUAUUACUUUAUUAAUUUUUGUAAAUCUGGUGUUUGAUUCCGGUACAGCAAGCACCCUGGUUCAGAUUUAUGGGAGUGAGUGCAGUCACACACACACACACACACACACACACUACUAAAGAUACGCAGGUAUAGACUGCCUUGUGCAGGGCUGAUGCAUGUGUUUGAAACCUGCGUGUCCCCCAAUUGUUUGGGAACCUGGAAAAUCAUAUUUAUUGGGUUUUUUUUAAUAAUAAAAAGGAAUCUACACAAAAAAAAAAAUAGUUCUUGCCUGCCCAUUAAAAUUAUCCUGUGCUAGUAUUAUGUCUUCUACAUUUUUUUUUUCCCUUUAGCCAGACCAGAUAAUGUUCCACAGUCAGCAGGUGAUCUGAAGCCUCACCAUAUAAAAAAACUUCUUGAGAUUGUUGCUACAAGUUCUGACACAUCACUUCGGGAACUGGCCUUGGUCUCACUUUGUAACAGUGCUGCAUUCUCUGUAAACCAAGUAAGUAAAUGGGAGGAGGUAUUAAAGGGAUAAUAUCACCAUUACAACUUUAAAGCCAAAACUAAGUAAAUCUAAACCAAGUUAGUUCACUACAGUAUAACCAUCACUAGAACUGGCACAGGACGUAUCUUUGCUUUUUCUUUUUAUACAAUGACACCUAACCACAAUGGUUAUAUCACUAUGGGUGAUUAUCAGCUUUUUCACGUAUUACGUUUUCUUCUAUUCCCUGUGGUUUAGACAGGGACCCUUUAAUGAGCUUUUUGCUCUCCAUACUUUAUUUUACAGUAGGGUAUGUGUCCUACUUAUGUUUCAGUUUUUUUUUUGGUGCUACGAAGCACCUCUGCUAUUAGGUAGGAAACUACAUUUGUACCAAUGCGACUCCAGAAUUAUCAAGUCUGUAAUUCUUAUCUUGAAUACCUCAGCGCUGAGUGUGUCGGCUGAUGCUUUAAGGCAACCAACCAGUAGCUCCCCAUCUUUAGAAAUGACUUAUGAAAGAUACAUACAUGUCUAAAGCCAUUUUGUGAAUGGGCUGCUAUUGAUUGACUUAGAGCAUCAGCUGGCACUCAGCCAAUCAACACCAGCCCUGUCAGGGGCAGAGCUAAACAGCGCAGGAGAGAAGACAUUGGGGUUAUACUGCACAUGCACAGAAGUUGUUAUGGUGCAUAGAGGUUCCCUUUAUCCUAAAAUAGUUUUGAUUAUUUUCUAAAACUGGUUUUGUAUACGCAAAGCCAGAAAAUCUAGUAAGUCAAACCGGAGAUACAACAACUGGAAAAAGAAACACAGUUUUAACAGGUACUCCUUGUAACAAACCAUUCCCUAUGUCUAAUCACAUAGUAAAUCCGAGUAAGAAAAAUGAGUGUAUGAAGAGAAUCUCAAUAUUCUAGCUUCAUUGGUAGGUUAUGAAAAAGCUAAGGUAAAGUGUGUUGGUGCUUCAAAUUAAGAAAAUAGAAAUAGAGGGGUGUCUAGUGAGGUGUAUCCCCUUUACACACCUAUAGUAAUUGUGAAAGUAAAAAGGAAUAAUACACCCCCCAAAAAAUUUGUGAAAACACAUACUUAACACAGAAGCUGGACACAAGGUAAGCAGAGCGAUCUACAAAAGAUACAAUUGAAAACAUAUAGUGUUCACUGAAUAAAAUAAACCAUACAUAAAAAUACGUAAAAUUAAACUUAUAGUGAAGAGCCGGAUCAGGCUCUAUAGAAGAUGCUGCGAGGUAAAUGUGGAAGAGAUCAAUGGUCCAAAUGUAAAUUCAAAAUGAAAAUGUAUUGGAUGGAUAUAUAUAUAUAUAUAUAUAUAUAUAUAUAUAUAUAAUAUAUAGAUAGAUAGAUAGAUGGGACAAAGUAGUUAGCAGGUUCUGAACUUGCAGCUAACUGAGGAAGGACUCCAGCUCAAGAGGACUAUUGUGUAGCAUAUUUUAUUUUACUGGUAUCAUUAUAUUGGUUUUACACUAUGCAUUUUUAGUUUAUAUUUGCUAAGCACAUUAAAAAUUGAGAAGAUUAAACACACUACUAUUACAGAUCCUGUUUUGGACUUCUAUGUAUCAGUAUAUUGUAUAUGUAUUUAUAUAGAAUGCUCUAACAUUUUGGCAUUUUUCACCUAGAGCAGGAGUUCUCAACCCAGCCCUCAAGGACCCCCUAUCAGUCCAGGAUUUAUGUAUUACCUGGGUGUAUCUAAAGUGUUUAAGGUGUUGUUUGUUUGUUUUCUAAACACCUUAGACACACCCAGGUAAUCCCUAAAUCCUGGACUGGUAGGGGGUCCUUGAGGACUGGGUUGAGAACCCCAGACCUAGAGUAAUUUUCAGAUGCACAAUAGUGUGUGUCAGUUUCAGAAUUUACCAGUGUGGUGGUGGAUCUUUUUAGGUUAUUACUAUUGGUUGUGUUUUUGUUUUCAUAUUCUCACUGACUGGCUUUAGCAUUACCUUGCCAUUUGAUAUGUGUGCGAAAUGAAAGCAUUACAGAAAAAAAAAAAUGCUCCCAAUAUAAUGUGGUGGUGUAAGUUCUACUGAGCUGCAGCUUGCUCUUCCCUCCUAGUAUUUCUGCUACAGAGGAUGUAGAUUAAUCUGUCUGAUCCCAGAGUAUCGCUGAUUUAUUGAAGAAAAGCUCCAAAUGCAUGUAUAUUUAAUUAUGUCUUCAUUUAUUUUAGGAUCUUAUUCGGAAUCUUGAUGGCAUAAGGGUUAUAGGAGAAGCACUCUCAGAUUUAAAUUCUGAAGUAAAAGUUAAGGCAUUAAAUACAUUAAACAACUUGAGUAUGAACGUUCAAAAUCAAAAACUGAUAAAGGUAAGGGUUUGCCUUCAGUGAUUCUUAACUGUAUCAAAUGUAAAUCUACAUGAAGAUUAUGUACCAACCGGCUUCAUGCUUCUGACUUCAUUUAGCAAUGUAGCACUGUUUUAAACCGCAUGUUUUGUGAUCAAAAUUUCUAUGAAACUUUUUUGCUAAAAAAGAUUGGUAAUGGCAUUUUAUAGUAACUGUUCUUGCUUAUUUUGGUAUAUCGCAUUACACUGUUUCUACGUUAACCUGAUAUUUUUUUUGUUUUUUGGGAGGAGGUUCUGUAGGAGUGAUAUCAAUUCAGUUUCUGGGCAUUAGUAAUUUUAAAGAGCUGUGACUCAAACAGUUCUCCAUUGAGGGUGCCUGCUGAAUUCUGGGAAAUUUGUUGGAAAUAUGACUUCUUGGAAUUUCUGUGCUCAGGGUCAUACUUGAGCUCAUGUAGGUGAUCUGCAACAAUAAACUUUUUUUUUUAACCUGUAUAUAACCCAGUGGGGAGUUUUUUCCUGCUCUAGGCUAAACCACAAUAUGUUUAGAACAGAGUUAAUUUCCCCAAUAUCCUCCUUAUUUCAUUGUUCCUUAUGACACAUAUAAAUUAUCUUUAGGGUAAAGAUCUAUUCAGAUUAGGGGAAUAAGCACUAAAUGCAUGCAAAACUGAUUUCUGCUAUUGAUUUUUUUAUUAGGAUUUUCUCCAUGGAGUCUGUGAAAUGAUCACUUCAGCUGCACUUAAUUCAGAGUUACAAUUGGCUGGACUUAGGCUGCUAAUUAAUAUGUCUGUUACAAACAGUCAUCACAACCACUUCAUCGAUUACAUCUCUUUCUUUUUAACACUGCUAGCGGAAGGAAAUCGGUAUACUCAGGUAUUGUACAUGCAAUGACUGCAAAACUAUGCUGUAGUAAUGAACACAAUCAUGGCACAUCUUGAAUUUUUCACAGUUGAUAAAAUGUAUUCUGCACUAUUCUGUUAUUUUUUUUAUUUUUUUAAAUCACUGAUGUGUGAAUAUAGCAUAAUAUUAAUAAUUUUUUUGCCAUGACUUAUAGGAUAUGAAAUUGGCUCUGCCACUUAAAUAGGGGGAUGAACAUUUUAUGAAUACAUCUUUGUAAAAUGCUCAUGAACUGUCAACAUAUAUCACAAGACAAUCUAAGGACUACUAUGUCUUGUGUAGAAUCAUCAAGUUGACAAAACUUGACAAGUCGUCCUACCACUAUCAAGUUUUGUUACUUUCCCCAGCCAUUUUUUUUUUUUUUUUUUAUUCUUUAUUUUUGUCGUGCAAGAAUUUACAACAGUGUCUUUGUAGCCACAACAGCUGUAACAGACGCAGUCAAAUAUAACAUAGUAAAACAUUUUCGUGGCAUAAGUUAACUCAGCACAUUUUUGUAAUUUAGUGAACAGGAAAGACAACCUUAAGCAGUGUACGGUUCAACACAUGUAUGGGCAAAAGCGUUUAAGUAGCUGGGUCACAUGUUGGUUUAUGCCUUUAUGUGAGGUAUACAGUAUUGUAUUCCAGCAGUGUUUGUGGGUGUUGUGGUAUAUGUAUCGCUUGGGGCCUAUAUGCUAAGCAGCAGCUUGAUAACAUUUCGCAGUACUAAACCAGCUAAAGUAUAUUAUUGGCCUAAGUCAGGGCUGAUCCUGUGUGAGUAAGUAUUAAUCAGAAGCAAUCGUUAGCUGAGGUAUAGUGUAGGACAGAAACAUAGCUGAUCUUAUGGUGCUCCAGCAAUAUUUGUGGGUCCAGGAGCAUAUAUUUUGCUUGGGGCCCACCAGUUAAACAGCAGUUUACAGACAUGGCGCAAAGCCAAGCAUACUAUAAGUAAAUUAGUUGCUUAAAUCCUGGCUAAUCUUAGCUUGUGUACUCAUAUUAUACAAUUGCUGAACUCUGACUUUAAUCCCCCCGUGCUCCCCUGGGCGAACAGACCAGAAAACAAAAUAGAAAGCAAAAGAAGUAAAUUAUAUGUUCCAGUAUACAUUCGUGAGAGUUCAGUUGGGGCACAGAGAGCUGUGUGACAGAUGGUACUAUGCCCAGAUUUGAGUCUUAGUCCCUUUGGGGGUCAGCCGAUGCCUUGUUGGGGCUGUGUAUGUACCUCCUGUGGUAAUCGGUGCAGCUGGUGCGAUCUCCUCGGUGUGAAGGAGCUGAUGUCCCCUAGGCUAUGCAGUGUUGCUGUGGGCGCUGAGUGUAGCUCCAGCCAAGCUGUGCAUCGGGGAAGGUUUGCCUGUCUUGGGCUGGGGUAGCUCUGUAUGUACCUUCCUGACGCAGUCACCUCCCCUGGUCCUGUUCCCCUCUGCUUCACUCGCCUUGUCUGGGUAGGUCUUGUGCUCAGCUUCGCUGGUCCCCUCCAUUUCACUGCCUUGCAUGGGGGGUGCGAGUACUUGACCCUCCGCCGCUGUCCAGCUUCCGUUUUUUUGGGGCCUUGUGACUAGCCUCUGCCCCUGCCGGUUCGGGUUAGCGUCACCCUUGUGAUACAGCUGUUGUUGGGGCUGCGCUGCUGUUUGUCCCCAUCUGGCCUCCUGUGAGGUGCGCUGUGGUGAAGUCUGGAGUGGUUCUUCAGCCUCUGAGGCUCUCAUGCGGGCUUCCAGGGACUCCCAGAAAAUAGCGAAGAUGCUGUUCAGUCGCGUCUCCGUUUCCCGCCAUGCGUCGGAGGUGUGGGAGGUUUCCGCCAUAUUAAAGACCGCUGGGUCUGUUGGUUUUGGGCUCCACGGAGCCGAUUCUGGCCCAUUGCUUUGCCAGGGAGUCAGUUGGGGGUAGACCGGGAUAACCCCCACCGGUCCAGAGGGGGGGAACGAGGGCUUGCAGCCAGAUUCUGGGCAUGGCAUUGCAGCUGGGGAGUGGCAGUCUCCCCUGCGCCCGCCAUGCUUGUAGGCCUCAUUGUGAGUUGUGCUCGGUUUGUCGCUGGAGAGGUAUCGUUUUCUUCCCCUCAGUGUCUACUCUCGAGUGGUAGCUUUAAAUUCACAAUUAAGUGCCUGUGUGACGGUGAAAUUUAGCGUUAAGUGCCGAGUUUAGCAGGAGCUGCUGUGGUGAGCUUCCUCACAGCUCUGCGGCCAGGCCCUGCCCCCCCCAGCCAUUUUGAAUGGUGUUGGAAAGAAGCAGUGUCUCGCUCGUUGUGCGACAAUAUCUAUAGAAGCUCUCACUGAAUUCUUUAUAGACCUCAGUGUUGUACUAUUGUGCAUGUGUAAGAGUACAGAAGUGAUGUGGGCUGUUGGGAGAUGUAAUCAGCCAAAAGCUAAAGAAAGAAGGCAGUGUCUGUGGGGGGAGGCAGCAUCAGGUAAGUUCAACUUGCAUCUGCUGCACCCCCGGGCCAUUGCAUACCAAGCUAUGAUGUCAUAAUCUGAGGUCUUUGCAGAAUAUAUUAAAAUGUAUCUGUCAUGGUACACACCAGUUAGGUUGAUCUUAAAGAGAAUUAAAAUAUAUCUGCAUAUUGUUAGCAGAGAUUUUAAUUAAGCUUUUUUAAAUUGUCUCCUCUCCCAUCUGUUAAUUAAUUUUUGGCAUUACAUAGUUUCCCCAAGGCAGUUUUCUUGCUCCCUGUCAGUAUUACUGCUCCAGGCAUAUCUCAUGCCUGGAUAGGCCAGUAAAACCAGCGUAUUGACUGUCCUGCUUGAGCAAGUGUCACCAAGCCAGGACAAUUGCAACAAACAGGGAGCAGCAUCAGAGGCACCAAUGGAAGUGCUAGAAGAAAGUAAUGCUAUAAGCUCCCAAUGCAAUCUUAUAUCAUUUAUCACUGUGAUCAACUUACUGCCUUGGAUGUUGUCAAGUGUUCGUAAACCUGUCAUGAUGGGUUCACUUUAAGUGGUUGUUCAGAAUUUCCAUAUAAUGCUGGGUUCCAUUCUCCCCCUUCUGUGAAGAGGGUCUAUCGCUGCGGUUUUCUCUGCUGUUUGGAAUUGUAGCCUCUGCUAAACUUAUUGAUGAACACAGCUACCAGUUUGCACGUUCAUGCUUUCCCUUCCAGUGGAUAUAUAUGUGGCUUGUUUUGUAGAAUGAAGUGGCCUUUCCAUUCUGUGACAUCAGCAGCAAUGGUUGUUUUCAAAGCAGUAUUUAAAUGAAACACUGCUUGUGAUGUAUUCACAUACAAAACACUAGGAAUAUAAUAAACUUAAAGGGACACAAUAGUCACCAGAAAAGCUACAGCUUAAUGUAGUUGUUCUGGUAAAUACAUGUUUGUUCCUGACCCCAUAGUGUUCCUUCUAAGAGCCAGCAAUUAACAUGGCAGUGGUCUGAGGAGAGCAAAAAUGAACACCCAAAGUAAAAAGUAUUAACCCCCCCAGACCCCCUUUUGUGAUGUUAUUAUUACUAAUGGCUUGAAUGCAGUCAGAUGCUUUUGGUUAUAGUGCAUAAAUUGCAAAUGCAGUGAUCCCUCAACAAAGUGGGUUUUUUUUGGGGGGGGCGGGGGGGGUUAAACAAUCAUUGAAUCCUAGAAGAAGCACUACCUUCUACUUGAAAGUGGCACUUGUGGGGGAAAAAAAAAAAGGUUGAGGGGACCUGUAGUUAACCACUGAAGCAUUUAUGCAAACUGAGGUGCUUUAGGGGACUGGUGUCUCUUAAGGCCUAUGAAAAUGUCUUAACAUUCUUUCUUUAGUAGAUUACUGGCCUCUGUAGAUUGUGAUAAGGCCUAUAAUCCAGAUCAGAGAUCCAUCUGCUGACCUAUGUCAAAGUGGCAGCAAUCUUUUCACUGCACCAAUGCAAUGCUUCAGAAGCAUUGAAUCCAGCUGAAGGGAAGAGGUGCUGAACUGACAGGGGCUUUGGGGCUAAACCCUUCAUAAACUGUUAACCCGUUUAAGGUAAAAGGGCACCAAGGACCUUGAAGCAUAACAAUUUCAUUGAGGUGCAGUUCUUGUACGCAGAGUGUUCCUUUCAGGAUGAAGAGCCUCUAUUGACUGCCUGACAGCCAUCAGAGGUGUAUUUCAACCAAAUGUAAAUAUUGCUGUUCUGAAAAGGCAAUGUUGUGUUUUUUUUUUUUUUUUUUUUUUGCAAUGACCGAAAUUGAGAUAUAUCUGCAGAAUGGAGGCUUGUGCAAAAGCCAUAAUGUGUUUUAUACAACAUUAUCCAGUGAUACAGAAAGCAAGCGUUGUUUCGUUAAGAUGUGUUUUUGUUAUACGAUGUUAAUUGGUCGCAGUCCGUCAAGGUUUUUGCAUUUUCAUAAAGACAGAAAAUCAGUACCGAAAAAUAAAUAACCCUGCUUCGCUGCCACUCUCGCUACAGGGGAGAGCUGCAUAUUGCAUUGCCCACCUAUUGACCAUGGAAACCGUCCCACCCCCGCGCACCACCAAGAGUCCACCGGCCAGGGCUCCUUUAGGCAAUGCUUUUUAUAUUGGCCAAGAUAAGGUACCUAUACACUAAAACCACUACAUUAAUAUGUAGUGUGUUUGCUAUAGCGUCUACAUUUAAGUUUUUUUGUUACUUAAGUUUGUUUGCUUAUUAUGGACUUUUUGUUUGUAAUAUUACCACUUUUCAGCUAAACUUUUUUUUUUUUUUUUCUUAUUUUCUAUGUGUGGGAUAAUUUUCUUGUUGUACACAAGAAGAAAAUCUUAAUCUUGCCAUUGUGUACUACCACACAUAUAAUACAAAUCUCAAUGGCAUGUGUAGUGUCCUUAUAGAUGCUCCUGAUUAUUCAAAUGAUGUUCAUAGAAAACAGUUGAGUAUUUGUUCGCCUCCCCCACCCAAUACCCAAAGUAAGGUUCAGGCCAUAGGAAGAGACAGUAAUACCAAGUGUAUUCUAAGAGCAAUGGUGUUGGUGCAUAGAGCUCCCUGAGUCUUAUCUCUCCUCUGAGAAUACAUGCCGUAGUUUGUAAAAUUGCUGCUCACUGUACAUUUGCUCCAUCAGAGCUGACAAUUAGGCUGGACUGAAUUCUCAGUGCUUAGUUCCCUCCUGUAAAUGUUGUUUGUGUGGGCGCAGGCAUGUGAACUUUGCAGCCACAACUUUGUCUGCACGCAGUCCUCACAAAAGACAGCCAAUCAUUGGCUGGUCUGUCAAAUCAGCAAAUCGGGCUGUUGUAAGCUGAUAGCAGAGGCAGAAUGGCUUCUAUUUGUUUAUAGGGCAAUUACAUUCACUCUAUGUGAUGAGUGAGACUACAGUUUGGGGAUGAAAUACUUCUCCAAUUAACGCAUUCUAGAAAAGAGCAAAGUGAGACUCUUCUGAUUCGAGCAGCUCUAGCUGGUCUGGAAACCAUGAUUCUCCUGACGUAGGGGUAUAUACAUUUUACUUCUUUUCCCCCUGCUGUCCUCUUCAUUUAUUUAUUUUUAUAAUGCAUUAAGAAAUAGGGGGUCAAUUUUAUCAGAUUCCCUUCUGAUGGUUCUUUGCAUCAAACUGGGUUGCAAAGAUUAAUCUCUGACUGCAUUAGAGGAAAAAACAGAUUUCCUAUGAACUUUCGAGUUCACUUCUUAUUGUUUGUAUUUAACUUUUCAGAUCCACGCAUCAAAAGUUCUUGUGAACUUGUCUGCUAAUCCUUCAAUGGCAGCACCUCUUCUCCAUAGCAAGGUAAAGGUGACUUUUUUUUUAUUUUUUUUAUUUAAUAUAAAGUCUGGAAUGGUUUGUGUGAAACUUUCUAUUUGAGACUAGAGGGAGCAAUGUGACAAGUUUCUCCAUGUCUGUUGAUUAUAAAGUAAAUGGGUUUUGUUCUGAGGUUUAAUGUUAAUCUUGAAACAAGGAUACUUAUUAAAGCAACAUAUUUAUUUUAUUUAUUUUUUAGUGUUGCAUAUAAUUUAUUUUAGAGAGCGAUCUGUUUAUAACACAACUUAAUUCCUGUAAAAUAUAUAUAUAUAUAUAUAUAUAUAUUAAAAGAACCCCUGAUUUAUUUGAGAAAUACUAUUUAAUUUUUAUUUAUUUAUUUUUAAAUCACCCCUCUCUUUACAGGGCUCAUCAUUGCUGAAUGCUCUUUUUGACAGUUGUGUCCAUACAGACAUCCUUAGCAGAGUUCUGAGAUUUGCUGCAAAUGUCUCGGAGAAUCUGGAAAGUGCGCACAAUUGUAAUGGACAUUAUGAUGAGAAUUCACUACAUACUCUGCUGUUUGGGGACUCUGCCCUAUUAAAAAUGAAUCUGUCCUCUUUAUCCGAGCACCCCGAGGUAGAAGUUAAAGAACAAGCUGCAAGACUGAUACAAUCUUCAAAGUAAAAACAAGUAAUAUUUAUGUAGAGAAAAGGUGCUGUUUUUGGGCAUGUACAGGUUUUUAUUUUAAUUGCUCGGAAUCCACGUGCUUUUGAUCUUCUAGUGAGCUGCUUUAAAGGGGCGCACAACUGGAAAGAGGGUACUAGAAGCAAAAAUAUCGCUUUCUCUGCAGAUAUAUAAACAUCGAUUUAAAAAAAAAAAAAAGUUAUUCACUAAAGUGAGAAUUUAAAGUGAGUUUCAAAUUCAAGGUAUAAAAAGCUAAAUUCUAACUAUUCUGUGGCCAGCUAUGCUUCCAGUUUGUUUGGCCUCAAAUUUUAAAUUCACUAUGAAUUCUCACUUUGGUGAAUAACCCUAAUAAAGUGGAAUUAAAGAUGUAACAAUUUUGGUUGUUUUUUUUUUGUUUUUUUUAAUUUACACUUUCAUAUUUUUAUAGAUUUAGAUCACAU